AAGGUAUUGGUCGAGCAACAGCUAUAUUGUUGGCAGAAUGUGGAGCAAAUGUUAUUGCACUUUCAAGAACCCAAAGUGAUCUUGACUCUUUGAAAGAGGUAAAAAAUCUUCAUUGCCUGUUGUCAGGGCGCAGCUGUUCCAUAUGGAAUAAAUAUGCUCACACAAAACGUGAUGAGUUAGUACGUUUCUCUGGAGACCCGCGCGGCAUAUAUUGUAAACACUGGACUGGACUAUGGACUUUGGACUUUCGAUUUUGAAAUUAUUAUUUUUCAAGAUUUUCGUAUAAUUAUAUUAAUUAAAAUCUAAAUAGAGAACGAAAAUUUGCUGCUGAAAAGCGUGCUACACUGCAUGCAUAUGCAUGAUAUAAUAUUCAAGGUAAAAAUACUAUCAGUUAUAUAGGUAUACCAGUGCAAUUUCAUAGAUAUAUAUAGCUAGCCUGUGGGAUAACAGGAUUAUUUCCCCUUCCUCCUCUCCCCUCCCUCCUCCACCCUCUCUCCUCUACCCUCUUUUCCCCUCCCUCGUCUCCCUUCUGGGAGAAGAGUGAUUAAUGUCUCUAGUGGGAGAAGAGUGAUUAAUGUUACCGUGUAACGGAUUACACAAUACAGUACUAGUAUAAACUAUUAUGCAAAGAUGAACAGUCAAUAGAUACAUAAUACAAUACUCAAUAGGCGCAAUAAUAAUCGUUUGUAUAGUUAAUAUUUUGUAUAUUAUCUAUAUGCAUGAUAACUAAGAUGUUCUGCAGUAUAAAGGUACUAUGCAUACUAUAAAUACAAAUUUUAUAUAAAAUUUAAAUAUUAAAUCCCAAAAUAUUGGAUAAUCCUGCUAUCCUACAGGCUAUAUCUAUGAAAUUGCAGUGCUGGUAUACCUAUAUAACUGAUACUGAGUAUUUUUUAUAUCAUGCAUGUGCAUGCAGUGUAGCACGCUUUUCAGCAGAAAAUUUUCGUUCUCUAUUUAGAUUUUACUGUAAUUAUACGAAAAUCUAAAAAACAUAAUUUCAAAAUUGAAAGUCCAAAGUUCAAAGUCCAUAGUCCAUAGUCCAAAGUCCAGUCCAAAGUCCAGUCCAGUGUUUACAAUAUGCCGACAAGUAUCACUGUAUCAGUAUCUUUAAAUACAAUUCAUGUGCAAUUUUGACCAAAAUUCAACCGACGACUGCUUUCAAAAUAUAUAUUUGCUGCCGAAGGCAGCCUCCUAUUCUUGACGAUGUGCUAUAGCGCAUUUGAAUUUCCAGCCAACAGUAUUAUAAACUUGAAGCGUAUCUCGAUUUUGUGUCGGCAGUUGUGACGUCAUGUUAUGACGUUGCAGUAAGGAAUUUACAUGCAUUGGAGCAUUAUCAUACCCCAGGAGUUCACAAUAGCAAAUCGAUGACUGCCGAAUACUUUGUUUAGCGACUGCGAACGACGUACCAAGUAUGGAGUUUAAAAAUAUUUCGAUCAGCAAGCUUUGUAGCAUAUUUUUAACACGAGGUCAGGAGCGAAGCGAAGACAUACUUUGUAUAAAUACUGGCCUUAUAUUCAAGUUUUGUGAGAAAGGGAGAUCGUUUAGAGGUAUGUCAAUUUGCUCGAUUUUUUCUUUUCUUCUAAGCUCAAUUCACAGCGCGAAUUAUAUAUAUAUAUAUAUAUAUAUAUAUAUAUAUAUAUAUAUAUAUAUAUAUAUAUAUAUAUAUAUAUAUAUAUAUAUAUAUAUAUAUAUAUAUAUAUAUAUAUAUAUAUAUAUAUAUAUAGAUCGCUUUGAAAGCGUGAAACACUGUGUAGCGAUUAAUAAAAUUUUAAGAUUAUAAUUAGUAUAUUUUGCUCUAUCAAUUAAAUUUGUUAUUGAGCACUCUUUUUGUACAACGGACAACGAUUUAUUAUUGUAUUAUAAGCACCUGGAAUCCAGUCGUGCACUCUUACUCCGUGUGGACGAGACGUUAAUCUUAAAAUGGACAAGAUCCAAUUUAAUUACUCAUUAAAGAACAUCGGUUUGCCUAAACACCAUCAAUAUCAGAAACGUUUAAUUGAUAAAACGGAAAGCGUCAUUCAACGUAUGCGAUGGAAAGCUCAUUACUUUCUUAAUGGCGAGCCUAAGACUAAAGAAUACGACACAUUCGAACUGCCUUCAAAAAACUGUGCGCCUGUAGUUGCUGAGAUGAAAGCAUUUGAGGAAGACGUCAUUCAUCUAGUGUCAAAUGUCAAAUUCAGAAAGAUCUCGGAUCCGUUUUUGAACAAUAUCGCUGUAGACCUGGAGAAAGUUAAUUCUUCUCAAAAUGUUUUAAUAUUUGCCGACAAAACAAGAAAUGUCUAUAAAGCUACAACCGAAACAUACAACAAACUAUUGACUGACAACAUAACGAAAACAUAUAAAUUGGGAAGCGACGAUAUAUCUGAUGUUAUCAAUUCUGAACUAAAGAAUAUAACGAGCAAUCUGUCGAUCGCGGAUCGUGUCGACACAAUGGCGAGAAGAAACGCGUUCAUAACUCUCAAAGACCAUAAAGAGAAUUUCGACUCUAACCCCAAAUGCCGCCUUAUCAAUCCAUCGAAAAGCGAACUAGGAAAGGUUAGCAAGAUAAUACUCGAUGACAUUAACAGCAAAAUUAGAUCAACCUUAAGUUUGAAUCAGUGGAAAAAUACAGAAUCCGUAAUCAGCUGGUUCCAAGCCAUCAACGAUAAACAUAAUCACACGUUCCUUUCCUUUGAUAUCGUUGAGUUUUACCCGUCUAUAUCCGAGCAUCUCCUUGACGAAGUUAUUUCAUGGGCCCAAACAUUAACUGACAUUACGGAUCAGCACAUUUCUAUUAUUAAGCACGCAAGAAAAUCCUUACUUUUUCAUGAUGAGAAAACGUGGGUAAAAAGAAACAACCAAUCUCUAUUCGACGUAGCAAUGGGAAGUUACGAUGGAGCCGAGGUAUGUGAGCUGGUCGGACUAUUCAUUUUGAAUAAGCUUUCUGAGGAAUUUGGAAAGAAUAACAUUGGACUAUAUCGAGAUGAUGGCUUAAUGUUGUUGAGUGGAACCGGAAAAAGAUUGGCAGACAACGCUCGAAAGUCUCUACAUUGCAUAUUUCACAAACUUGGCUUUAAGAUCACUGCCGAAGUUAACAACCAAAUCGUCAAUUACUUGGACGUAACUUUCAAUCUGCAAACAGGGAGAUAUUCAGCUUACAGAAAACCCAAUAACGACCCUUUCUAUAUAGACAGCCGGUCAAAUCACCCCCCUUCUAUCAUCAAGCAUGUCCCAGAAUCCAUAAGCAAAAGAAUAUCUAGCUUAUCCUCUGAUCAAUUAUCUUUUGAUUCAUCAGCAGCAUGGUAUGAAGACGCACUUCACCGCAGCAAUUACAACGUCAAACUCCAAUAUUCAACCAAUAGUACCGGCGACACCCCAACACCAAGCAGAAAAAAACGACAAAGAAAGGUGAUAUGGUUUAACCCGCCCUUCAGUAAGAACGUAAAAACCAACGUGGCACAUAGCUUCUUACAACUCAUCGACAAGCACUUCCCACAUUCAACUCGACUCCAUAAAAUCUUUAACCGGAACACUGUAAAAGUGAGUUAUUCCUGCAUGACCAACAUUAAGAACACUAUAUCCAACCACAAUCGACAUCUACUGGUAAGAAAGAACAAAUCAUUCGAUGGAUGUAAUUGCCGCAACAAGGACGAAUGCCCUCUCGAUGGUAAUUGUCUUACGAAAAGCAUCGUGUAUAAGGCUGAGAUUACAACAACAGACGUCGGUGAAACGAAAGAGUAUAUUGGUAUGACAGCAGGGAGGUUUAAAGCAAGAUACGCCAACCACAAGAAAUCCAUCAACUCACCUCCCUAUUCAAACGAAACCGAACUUUCUAAGUACGCAUGGAAGCUAAAACAAAGUAACCGACCUUAUAUUAUAAAGUGGUCGGUUUUGUCGCAUGCAUCAGCCUAUAUAGCAGGUGCAAAUUCUUGAAACCUUUGCUUAGAGGAGAAGUUUUAUGUAAUUAAAUCUCACAACGCUGAACAAACGAACAGAACUAUUUUCAAAGUGCCGCCACAGAAACUCGUUUAGCGCGGAAUUUUAAACGCACGCGCGCAUGAUGCAAUCGCGUCAGCGGACCGUUGAAUGAAUGGCCCAAGCAAACUAUUUAGAGUAGUAUCGCUUGAAAAUCGUUUUGAAAGUGCGAAACACCGUGUAGCGAUUAAUAAAAUUUUAAGAUUAUAAUUAGUAUAUAUAUAUAUAUAUAUAUAUAUAUAUAUAUAUAUAUAUAUAUAUAUAUAUAUAUAUAUAUAUAUAUAUAUAUAUAUAUAUAUAUAUAUAUAUAUUGCGUUUAAACUUGAAUAAACAUUUUGGGAAGUGUCGAGAAUUAGCUAAAAACGGCCUGUUAAACUAAUUUGAUAACCCUUACCAUUUUAUCGUAAAUAUUCGUUUCAAUGAAGUGAAGUUUAAAUUAAAAAUGUUUAUAGGAUGGAGGUGCUCUUUUAUUUUUGUUUAAGGUCUUUGGGAAUGCAUGAAAAUUAAUUUAUGAAGCGAUUUUGAUUAAAAGAUUUAUUCUAAAUAUCCAAUGACCCUGGGGAAUUAAAUUCUAAUGUUCCAAGAAAGAAACGUCAAGUGUUUGUUUUUUAUAAAUACGCCUCGUUUAACGAAUGACCAAAGAGUUUUGAUAUGUUUAGAAUAUGUAAGGGUAAAUAAUGCUCGUGAGGUUAUACCGGCGGCGUUGGGCAGGUCUCUGACAACGAACGUGUACUUUCUGACUAUAGUGCGUCUAAGCACAGGUUAUUGCUGUAUUAAAUAUUUGAUAGGCCGUUUUUAGUGUGAAGUUUCACUUCACACUAUUGUGAUGGCGGGCAAAUUCACACGAAUCAGUCAGUCAGUCAGUCAGUCAAACAGUCAGUCAUAGAGUAAACUUUCCGGGGGGUGUAUACGAUUUAUGUUCGUAGUGAUUUAUUGUACUUAGUCAGUACUUUGAAGGUUAUUUAGGCAAUUUCAGUUAACUUAUUUACAUAUUCUGUUAUCCUCUUGCCAAGUUCACAAAAAAUACGAGGAGUCGCUUUCGUUAUUGUAAUUUUUUGUAAAUUUUAGAACAUUCGCUUCUCAUGUUGUGUAAAGGAUCUUUACCCCAGAACACCCGAUUUUUUCUUUAGCUGCGCAAAUGCGCAUGCGCUAUCAAGCCAUAGAUCACGAUGGCGUGACGAUAUGCUAGGAAGGAGUGACAGUGCUGUUUUCAGAUGUAGAGUAUAAACAUUUCAGACGUGAAUAUUGAGUAAAUCUUUGAAAAUCUACGCAAAAUACAAAUUGAUCUUAUGCAUUACGGGCGUUCAAUUAAGUGCCGAUAAUAUUUAGACGGUAUAUUCAUUAUACAGAGCUAGGAAGGAGCUAGACCGCCUAGACAGUGCAGUCAAGUGUAUAAACAUUUUAGACGUAAAUAUUGAGACGAAAAUCUUUGACAUUCUAGGCAUUCAAUUGAGUGCCGAUAUUAUUUUCACGGCAUACUCAUUAUACAGAGGUACAGUACGUGGGCAGAAGCGAGACAGUGUUGUUUUCAAGCAUAUAAACAUUUCAGACAUGAAUAUUGAGAAAAUCUUUGAGAUUCUACGCAAUAAUACAAUAUGUAAAUUUAUGUUAUGCAUUACUGGCAUUCAAGUAAGUGCCCAUCGAUAGUAUUUAGACCGUGUAUAUGUCAUACAUUGUCAUUGACUGUAUAAGGUGCUACAUCACAGAAUAGAUAGCUACAGUCAGUACAAAAAGCGAAAAAUUGCAUCAGAUCUGUAUCAGAUCAAAGCAUAAACAACUAUUAAACAGAAGCGGGCGAACGUUUGUACGGCGUUUACGAAGAAAAUAACUUGCGAGACUAUUAAAGAAAUCAGUUGAGUCAGAGCGCCUUAUUUAAACGAGGAGAUAGCGACAUGUUAUCGCCAAUCGCUUGGCCCGCCAACAAGCUUUAUGCAAUAGAAGAAAAAAGCAAGGAGGUACAUGUAGUCUCGGACCUUGUCUUUGACCUUUGUUUACUGUCUAGCACAACGCCGUUGUCAACGGUGCAAAUUCGUGUACAGUUCAAUGAUAACUCUACCAGAUCGUACGAGAAUCAAUCUGUAGUAUUCUGUACACAGAACUGUAUCAAAGCUUGUCAAAACUGCUUUAAACACUGCUUAACUGUGAAACUAUUGAAAUUUACAGUGACAUUAUUCAACACGUGCGAAAAGCUGAAAAUAGACGUGACACUGGGAAAAGUCAAAGGUCAAUGAGAUUUGUUAUUGCAAAACAUGUCACAAUUAGGUUAAAAUGCGGAAGCGGAUCCACGGAACGGAUAUGCGGAUAAAAUACGGAACGGAUGAGGAUAAAACGCGUCCUUUUAAUGAUGUAACGACGUAGUGCUUAUUAUUCAUAACAUAUCUUAUACAGCUAUUUUUACAUCUCGAAUUGUCGCGUGUAGCAUCACAAAAAAUAGAAAAAUUGCAUCAAUUUCACAAGGCAAAUUUCUGAUGUGUUAGGCUUGUUUCAAACGUCACGCUACUUGUGUGCCGAGCGUACUAAAAGCAAUAAAUAUUGAGAUGAAAUGCCUUUGGUAACUGUUUAUUUCGUAGCGUAAGUCAUCAGCUUUUCUAGGUUGUCGGCGACCCUAUAUAGUUCUUGCAGUGUCUUUUUCAAUUUGAAACUUCACACUAUCCUUGGAUCCCUAGUUGGCUAAUUCUCGGCACUUUCAAAACUGUUUACUCAAGUUUAAACGCAGCUCUCUCGGUAAAUAUUGCACGAAAAUGCACAGGGCGUAUAUCAAAAUUUAAGUUAGACAAUACUGAAUACAAUGCACGUAGUUUACAUGUAAUAGCUCUUUUAGCUUUUAAGUUAAAACAAAUCAAACAGGUUAACUUUUUUUGCGCCACCCGGUAUAUAUAUAUAAACAUAGUCUGUCAUACAUAUUAAAUAUUAAAAUGCACCCCUGGCCAUGGAUAUGAAUGUUUAGCACCACGGUUAAAUUUAACUUUAAAUAUAUUUCAUUUAUUAAUGUAGCAUAUUCAUCAUGCAGAAUAUUAUAAAUAUAUUCGUAUUAUCCUAUAGUAACCCAGUGUGGAUUGUUGUCUGCCUAUAUUAACUUACCAGCAGUUACAAGGUAUGAUGUUUAGACUGUAAAAAUAUACCUCUGAGAUAUGUCCAUUGUUAGCACAAUACGAAAUAAUCCUACCGGCCUUCAUUCAUGUAUUCACCUGGCUGUGUCACCACCACAUUUCAGGAUAUACUAUAUUUUUUGAUAAUGCUCACAAUUUCUUUCCUAUAUAGUUUUGCAGUUCUGACUGUGUACAAUCUUAGUCUUUACAAAUGAAUGGUGCCAUCUGAAGCUGACGUAUUAAACAAAAAUGUUGACAAAUGAAGAUGCCAUCAAAACAAUAAUUGGGACAAAAACUAACGUAGUAUUUCUAUAUAUGAAAUUGUUAUUAAAUUCUAUAUGUCCAAUGAUUCAUUCAAGUAUUAUUAUUGUUUAUACGUACAUAUGGUAUUUUGACUAUUAUUCUACAGUAUUGAGUGGCAAGCUGGCCGUGGCAACUGGGCAUGGUAUGCUAAUCAGUAGCGUAGCCAGCCUGAAAAUUUACUCCUGCUAUGUAAAUUUCAAAGCAUUAUCAUUAUUCAUUUCUUUAGAAAUUCAUUGACAUUAUUUUUACAGUCUAUGAACACACAAAUAUUUGCAUAGCAGGAGCAAAUACUCAGGCUGGCUACGCCACUGAUGCUAAUAGACCUGGAAUGCAAAUCAUUAAAUACCAUAGCAUGACCUAGCUGUUACUACGGCUAGCUUCACCAGUGCUGACAGUAAUUAUAAUUAUACAUACAAAAGCAAGAAGUUAUAAGCAUUGAAGGAAUUCAUAUAAAAUCGCCCAUGGCAUGCCAAGAAAGUAGAAUUAGAAUAUGUAGCUGACCUUUGAUUUUGUGCAAGGUAUUUGGUAUUCAAAUUGCACUUUUCCUACCUCCUGAACAGGCAUCUUAGGGGCUGUUUACGUGAUGGAAUGUGGGAUGAUUUUGAUGUAUUGAAAUAUGUCCAUAGGCUAAACGAAAGUCCAAAUGCUUGUUAACAAAACUCAAAUAUUGUAGAGCAGAUCUUGUAGUUCAAGAAGAUUAUUAUUGCUGCUUGAACAACCUUUCAAUUUACAGGUAACUGUUGCUAUCUCUCGGAAAUAAUUAAGUUUUUUGCUGAAGUGUACACCGUAACUUUUUAAAAUACAUCUAAAUCAUCCAGUGGCGCUGGGGGGGGAAGGGGGGAGGCCCCCCUAUUGUUGAGACCCGUCAGAAAAUUGUCAAUGUUGUCGGAAUCUUAGUGCUGAAGUAUCGAAAAAAGUGCUACUAAAAUCGGGAAAAAUGCUACGAAAGCAAUUGUAAUGUUAUUGUCCGGAAAAAAUUUUUCACCGAAAAAGUUGUCGAUGGGAGGGGGGGGGGGAGAGUUUUAAUAUGUUGUUGUCCGGAAAAAUUUUUCGAUUUGUCGGAAAAGUACUGCCCUUGCCCCCUCCCCCCCCCAAAAAAAAAACAUGGGUCCCACAGCGCCACUGAAAUCAUCCUGCCUCAUAUCUCAUCCUGGCAAAGGGGGAUCAUAAAAACAGCCACUUAUUCAGCCAAUUGCGCAUGCUGCCUUUGAUCCCUUGGGGGUGAGGCAGCACUUUCCUUGCGAUAGUAACUUCUAGUUUAUUUAUUCCGCUCCGAAAUCAACUGACGUCACUUUCCAGAAUUUGGAAGGUAAAUUCUGAUUGGUCGACGUAGCGAAAUUCAGUUUGGCGCUCGGGUAAGCAGACGGUAGGUUUUCGUCGCUUGGCGUAAGAAUAACAACGUCUGCGAGCAGGCUAGGUCCACUUUGACCUGAUGGAACAUCUCUGAUGCCGGACAUUACAGCAACUGGUUCUUGGUGAAAUCUUAAAGAACACCUGUGAGGGAAUUCGUCAAAUCAGGACCGCUUCGUAACAAUUGGUGAUUGAGAGCAGGGCCGCCGAGUGAAUUCCAGGGUUCCGAGGAAUAAGUUUCCCAGGUGACCAGUAGUGAGAGAAAUAGCGAAAUAUAACAAAGUGCGAAUCGUGUACGAUGCGUCGGCCAAAGAAACGUUGCUUAACGACUGCUUGUACGCAGGCCCUCCACUCCAAAAUAAGCUAUGGGAUGUACUUGUCCAUCAGCAUGGUUAUCCAGUCGUGAUAUCUGGUGACAUUCAAAAGGCGAAACUGAGAGUCAGAGAGAAUGAGCGUGACGCCCCAAUAUUCAAUUGGCGAAGUGAAGAAGAUUCGUAAUUAGAAACGACAUUUACAAGAGUGUUGUUUGGGUUGGCAUCCUAGCCAAGGUAUCCUGGCGUAGAUGAUUUUUACUUUGCUGUAGUCAACUUCCAUAUGUGUAAGGAUACAAUGAAUGUGUUUGAAUUUGUUCAAAGAAUUUGGGCACAGAUCUGCAAACAAGUUGUAAACAGGUUGUUGCUAAGCCAACAAAUUAAUACGGACACCUUAAUUCCUCAUACGGAUACCUUGUUAGCUCUGUCUCUUUAGUGUCUGUAUUAGACAGGUUCGAUUUCGCGGGUGGAAGCGGAAUAUUACAACUUUAAAUAUUCCGUACUCUUUUAAUUUGCCUUAUUCCAAACUAAUAUUUUACUGAUAAAUUCUGACUUUUGUUUACUUCCUUUCUUUUCUUCUAACAAAACAGCCAAUAUUUCGUAUUCCCUAAAUCUUUUCGACAAAUAUUCAAUAUUUCAUUCAAUUUUAAAAGCAUUAUUACUCGCUGGGGCACCUGUGCCCUAGCGAGUAUAUGUUUCGGCAAUCUCGUUCCCAGAGUAUUGAGGUUUCGGCUCACAUUUUUCUCCAAUAAUAGCCACAAAAUAGAAUACUAAUGAGCUACCUAAUUUUUACCCAAAUUAUCCAUAAGGCUCCUGUCAAUUUUACCCAAAUUAUCCAUAAAUAACCCUAAGUUUUGAAAAAAUUCAACAAUAGUUACUAAAAUUAGCACUUUUUUCCAUCCAGCAAACCGCCCUAUCGAUUUUCUAAAGUCGUUUUUUUUGGAUUUUUUUAUUAAUUCGAUUAGGGUUAGAGUUAGGGUUGCGGUUAGGGUUAGGGGUUAGAGUAGGGGUAGGGUUUGGGUUAGUUACAUAGCCAUUUAACACCUCUUCAAUCUUCCGAAAAUGACGUCAGGUCAGUUUGCUUUUUGGAAAAUAGUGCUAACCUACUGAAAAAGCCAAAGCUGCUGUUUAUUUUAACCAUAGUAUGAAUACGUUCUUUUAAAACUGAUAUUUUACUGCAUUAAGGAUUCAACGACAAGAACAAUGAAUUUGGAGAUGUAUUAAUGCCAAAUAAAUCCGGCUAAGCGGUGAAAAUGACAUCUUAUAGCCCGACAAAGACAGAAAUACAAAGUCGAAGACAGCGAUCGCCGAUGCACAGGAACAAUUGUAUGAAAUAUAAACUCGAAUAACCGUCGAUAUAAGACUGCUAAGUGCUAACUAUGCUUUAAAGACCAGAGUAAAGACCAGACACAGUACUAGCUAAAUGCGGUGCUUUACAAAUAAAACUUUCAUGCGAUUUCGCCUACAGGCUACAAGCUGUGCUACAAAUAAAGGUUAUAUUUUAUCGUACGCUACAUUCCUCCUGUCGGCGGACAGUUGUUCCGUACGUUCGGUAAAACUAAUUAGCUUUAAAAGCUUCAAAAUAAACUGUUAUCGGAUCAAAAUACUAUCAAAAUGAAGAUAAAAGUGAGACGAAUCCAUUCGUAUACGGCCGAAAAAGAGAAAACCAACGAUACGAAAGUUAUCAAGGAGCAAACGUAGCGCAUUUUUAAAUAGCUGAAUAAUAUAAAUUUUGAGAUAGCGAUUUGUCAACAAUACAAUUUCGCUUGACUUUCAAAGGCCAUAUAUCGCCAGAAUACUGCUAUUCAGUAAUGAAUUUGGCAUCCGUAAGUACCAUUUCGUACACUGAUUCGAACGAUGGUAUUUUUCUCUUUGUUGGGUCACUUGGAUCACCCGGAAAGGAAAUUCAGAGAACGUGCAAGGAAUUUUUAUAGGAAGUGGAAGCAUUUGUUUCGAAACAAACUCCUCCCCAAAAACCGUCUGCUGUCAGGUAGCGGUGCCAAACUUGGCACGGAGUGGGACACCGCAAUUUUGCAACAGGGGACAGGUCACAAUUAACUCUUCAAUUGGCCAUAUGAUUGUAGUACCAUCUAACAAGCGUAUCACUAUAGCCCAUUAGCUUUUGACCGCUUGCGCUGAGAGACGGACUUGAACCAAGUCUACCCAUUAUAGCCCCAGCGAGUUAACGCUCUUUCGAGCGUCUUGUUCUUUAUUCAGUAUUCCACUCCGACUCGAUUGUGUGGUCCAACAUAUUAAAUACUCUGUAUUUUCUUAGUUUGAGUCUACCAAAAUGCUCUUAACAUUGUCUUAUUUAGAUAUCAGGCAAUAUCAAAACUAUAUGUGCAGAUUUGUUGAACUUGGAUGAAGCAGUAAAAGCUAUUGAAUCAACUGAUGAUCAUAUUGACUUGUUGGUAAACAAUGCUGCACAAAUCACUCCUCAGUGCAGUGUUUUAGAUAUAACAGAGGAUGAACUUAACAAGUACGUUCUGCAGUAUUCCUAGUGUGAUGGUUUUGUGCAAGUUAUAUUUACAUAAAAUAUAAUGCUGAAGUGUAAUAGGGAAACGUAAUCGAAUUUGGGAAUUUUGUAUGUCUUAAUACAUUAUUUUAACCUAGCAUGUUCCACCAAUAUUAAGCAGAUCACGUGGCCUAUCGAGUUGAAUUUACAAUAUCUCAAGCUAAGUUUACAAUAUCGGUGGCUGGUUGUAUAAAAUUCCUAACGUACUAUUUAAAAAACGAGCAGGAGUGUUUUAUUAGGUUUAAAGCCACGAGCGCGCAUUCUUACUCAAGAUUGGAUAAUUGCUUCAUGAAUUAUUAAUGAGUUUUUGAAUACUAUUUAACUACUCGUUUUGUAGUUAAAUGGUAGUUAACUUAAUCAGGUAGUUCAGCAUGAGCUCGACCUUUGAAUUUACUAUAUUACUAUAUGCGCGGACAUUUAACAAUUAUUCGCAUAAGGCGAGGUAAAUAUCGAGUAAUAUUCACCGAGACGAAGUCGAGGUGAAUAUUUAACAGUUAUUCUACGAACUCGAGUCGAAUAUGAGCUGAUAGCCGAUGAGGCGCGUAGCGCCGAAUCGGCUAUCGCUCAUAUUCGACGAGAGUGAGUGGAAUAACUGUUUUAUUAUAUACACAAGGUCUGAAUUCACAGACUUUGCUUUUCGGAUAUUUUCAAUAUUUUUCUAUUUUGUUUAUGUUUUUAUUUUUGCUCUUUCGGCCGAGUAUUUUUUCAAAAAUAUAUAUUUUUAAAACCAUUUUAAAUUUUAAAAAUUCAUUUGCUAACCUGUAAACAAUUUGUGGGAGUUUUUUCGUUGUGUUUUUAAUCCUGUGAAGGCUAUAAAAAGCGAACAACUUGCUGUUUUCUCGUUCGCAAAAUGUCGGAAAUUCAGUUUGAGCCGCCAUUUUGUUUUUCUCUACUAGCAGGAUAUGAGCUAAUAUCCUGCUAGUAGAGAACCAAUCAGAUUGUAGAAUACCUCAUAUCCAGACCUUGUGUAUAUAAUAAUUAACAGUUAUUCUACGAACUCGAGUCGAAUAUGAGCUGAUAGCCGAUGAGGCGCGUAGCGCCGAAUUGGCUAUCGCUCAUAUUCGACGAGAGUGAGUGGAAUAACUGUUUUAUUAUAUACACACGGUCUGAAUUCACAGACUUUGCUUUUCGGAUAUUUUCAAUAUUUUUCUGUUUUGUUUGUGUUUUUAUCUUCGCUCUUUCGGCCGAUUAUUUUUCAAAAAUAUAUAUUUGUAACCAUAUUUUAAAUUCUAAAAAUUCAUUUGCUAACCUUUAAACAAUUUGUGGGAGUUUUUUAUUGUGUUUUUAAUCCUGUAAAGGCUAUAAAAAGCGAACAACUUUCCCUUUUCUCGUUCGCAAAACAUCGGAAAUUCAGUUUGACCCGCCAUUUUGUUUUUCUCUACUAGCAGGAUAUGAGCUAAUAUCCUGCUAGUAGAGAACCAAUCAGAUUGCAGAAUACCUCAUAUCCAGACCUUGUGUAUAUAAUAAUCCCCGAUAAUCACCGAGCCUGAGGCGAAUAAUUAUUUUAGUAUUUUUACACAAGUCUUUUGUGUUUUUUUUGGGACUGGAUUUAUUUUAAUUUCGUUUAUUUCUUUUAUUAGUAACUUCCACAAAACGUCUAGCCGCCAUUUUGCAAAUUUCGGUUUUGUUAUAUUCACCUGCAGGUGAAUACGGUACACGCGUAAAAAUUAUGAGCCCGCUGUUUAACAGGAUUGAACAAUCAUGUUUCGCUCGCUACUCUGGUUUAAAUAAAUGAUUACAAUUUACAAAGCCCAGUCGAAUUGUAAUCAAGACCCAACGUUUCGACACUCCAGUCUAGUGGUAUUUAAGAAGCCACGAUUGCAACUUUAGAUCACCCCUGAUGAAGACACUAGACUGGAGUGUCGAAACGUUGGGUCUUGAUUACAAUUCGACUGGGCUUUGUAAUAAUUUAUUUAAACCAGAGUAGCGAGUGAAACAUGAUUGAUAUACCUGGUUGCAGUGCGAACGAACAAACUUUAAAAGGAUUGAACAAUGUUGUGCGGCCCACCUUGUUCACACUUGUCAACAAUAUUGAACAGUAUUGUUGAGUCUGAAUCGGGUGUAACAAUAUUGUUCAACAUUGUUGACAACUGUAAACAAUGUGGGCCGCACAACAUUGUUCAAUCCUGUUUUCAUCAAUAUUGCAACAAACUGAUUGUUUUUAGCGGUGUAUAACAGCUUAAUACGUCAAAUUUGACCAAUCAACUUGUAGGAUUUGUUAUAUUCACUUGUGCAAAAAUACUAAUCGCAUAUAUUCGAUAUUUACAGUUAACUUUAACUACAUUUUUAUACAACAGGCCUCUGAACGCUAUCGAUAUAUACAGUAAUUGAAUUGGCCGUUUAAAAUGAAGUAUAUAUUUUAGUAUUUUGCUCCAAAUUGCAAUACCGCUCUCUCCUUCAUGGAGGCUUUUAAAGGAUUAAUUUAGAAAGAAUUGUCUAAUCCGCGACCGCGCACUGAAUUAUAGCGGUUACUUUCACAUUUCCUUACCUUUUACCGCAAUUACGAAAUUCUUUCUAAAUUAAACGCCUCUGCGGAGGAGAGAGGCAAUACUGUGUUUUAGCCAAGAUUGAGCUGGGGGAUGCUUGGCUACUGUACCAGUUCCUUCUCGGCCCUCACAGAAUAUAGUUGACAUUUAUAGACACUGUCCAACACCAACAUGUGAAAGCAAUGUAGUAUUUGUUAUUUUUGACCAUCGUCAUGGUCAUGCAUGUUGGCGGCUCUGAGAACGAAUUCAAUCCUAUUUGCAAGGGUUAUCUGCGCCCGUAUAGUUUAUUUAUAAAAGAAUAUUUAAAUGCCCUCAAUCACAUGCCCAAAUAAGAUUUAGAAUCCACUGAUGCAUUGUUGAUUAUAUUUCAGAACAAUUAAGGUGAAUUUGACAACUCCCCUCCGCUUGAGUCAGGUAAAAAUUUUCAUUAUUAUUUGUAGCAUUUUUUUUUGCUCGCGAUCUCUUAGACCACGACGUUUAAUCACGGAUGGAUUCGACUAUAUAAUAGAGAGGUUAAGAUACCCCGAUUCCGGUUUACGGCCAAGAUACUCCGGCGUGAGAAAACCGAUCAGAGAAUGGCAACUUUCGCUGUUGAGGUUCGCCAUAAAUUGUUGAAAACUUUGACCAGCAUAUGUGCAUUAUUUAUUUGGGUAUAAGAUGUUGAAAAUUUGUACUAUUUAAACUGCCCAAAAAUAGUAAACAGAAAACACCCGUACCCGUUUGUCGUUUACGUGUAGACCGUGGUUUACCGCGGGGAAACGGGGAGGAAUUACGGGUAAAAUUGCUGACAUGUUUAUGUUUAUUUAGACAAUGUUUAUUUUUAAAAUUACUUCGCCAAUGAACUCAUAAGAUGAGUCAUUUUUUAAGCACGAUAAAACAUUCGCAUCCGACUCGCCUUCGGCUAGUAUGGUUGCUAAAGCCAUUCAUAAUACAAUAACGCACCAAAGCUACGUUAGCCCAUCAAUAUUACGUUCACCGCUCAACAUGGUCCGAUAUCAAACUUUACGUACGUAGCGUGCCGACGAGAAACCCCUACUCUACUUGCCAGUGAAAAUCUUGUCGAUUGUGUUAUGUCAUGUAGGUAAACUAAACGCAUGUAAUAUUUCGGUCCGGUGACCGUAUCGUAUGGAAUAAAUUUCGUGCGUAAUAAUUACAUAUGUAAAAUAACCUAGGUAAUUACCAACACCUAUUUAAUUACGUAGGUAAAAGUUACGUAGGUAACUGUCGACACUCUUAAAUAUAAUUACAUAGGUAAAAUUACCUACGUAACUGUCAACACUUUUAAAUUAAGCACAUGGGUAAAAUUACCUACGUAACUGUCAACACUUUUAAAUUUAAUUAAAUAGGUAAAAUCACCUACGUAACUGUCAACACUUAUUUCAAACCGUGCAUAUGGUAUUUCUCAAAGUGUUAAUGACUGUUAACACUUUGACUAGGUGAUAAUCCAAAUUGCAUGCUUCUGCGUGUUCCACCUGAAAAGGCAACUUUUUUUAAAUCAACCACAGUCUUUUGGAAAAAAUAUACACACCAAAAUAGCACUAGUUGAAAUUAACAAAACUAGCUGGAAUUAACAAAACAUCCCAAUAUAUAAUUUUUUCUUUCUGAAUCUUUAUAUAUAAAUGGCGCAAAAUCAUCACCAAAUAAUCAGAUAUCACUCUCAAAGAAUAUAAAAUUAAAAUUAAUAUGAUCACUUAAUUUUAAAUGAUCGUCCACAACAUGCAAUCACUGAGUACUUACAAAAUAUACAACGAACAUAUGAUGUAUAUAUGAUAAACCCAUUUAAUGAUAUUCCGCUAUUUGACGGCAUGGUUGAGAUAUUUAAAUUCUCUGCCGAUAGUGGCGUGCACCGAAACCCCCAACCCCCCUGUUCUUGUGGAAAGCUGCACGAAAAUUUGAAGCCCACCCUUAAAUUGAUGCUGAAAAAUUAUGACCCACCCCUUUCCAAUUUUUUCCGGAAAAAUAUUUUUUCGGACAAGAACCACCACACCCCGUCGACAACUUUUUAGGUAAAAAAAUUUUCCGGACGAGUACGUUGCAAUUGCCUUCCAAGGACUUUAUCUUAAAUUUUCAUACCAAAUUUCGGUACUUAGCCCAAAAAACCAGAUAUCUUGUUCUUUGCACGGAAAUUUUUAAACACAAAAUAAAAUGACUGGGGUCCAAUUUUCUGCAUAUUUUUACAUGGCCCACCCUUAUGAUUGCGCUUAACUUUCGAUGACACACCCCUUCAACCGUGCUCAAAAUAGUGUGACCCACCCACCUAUUUUUCCCAGCCCACCCCCCCUUUUACUUUAUGACCGGUCACUUAUAAUCAAGGCAUUUUUUAAGAAUUCGUAUGUGGUAGAGGGGAGGGUAGUCUCCUACGCAGCCUGUUCGCGGGUCCGAGGUUUUCUCCCCAAGGGGAGGGAGCAUCAAGUAAAUCUAUACUAGGCAGGGACCGCAUGCAGAGCAAUUUCAUAAUAUUCGAAUUUCAUUCGCGGAAAAGCUAACAAGAAGGUCUUUGGAGGGGGGGGGGGGCGCAUAUCCCAAAAAACGAACGAGAUGAACUUUAUACGUAUCUUUAAGCGUUUAGUGCAUUUUUACACAUUUUGCUGGGCUGCCUAUCGUAUUAUACCAGGUACGUAUCAGUGAAGAAAUCUACCCAAAUCAAUACAAAACAACGGGGUUAUAGAGUUAAUAUUAGAAUGUUAGGGUUAGUUAGCUGUUCCAGCUAUGCUGCGAAAAAUGAAUAUGUUGCGUGUGGUGUGUACUAUGCUUGCCUAACAUAGCUAUAACCUAUAGCAUGGGACGCUAGAGGGUGUGUGGAGAAGGAAAUACCCUCUUGUCAACAAUUUUGAAAAAUAAAUAUUAAUUAGUGAUUGAAAAGUAGUUGAAAUGACUCGCCAAAAUCUAGAGAUGCAUUAGUAAUGCGGAUUUUAUGAUGACACAUAGCUGGGCAGCAGGCCUAGGUAUAUUCAGAUAAAUAUAUAAUCUUCAAUAUAGCUACAAUCCUGGACCAAACCAUUGACACCAAUAUGACUCCAGUCAAAUGACUCCAGUCAAUAAUUCAAAGUUAUUGAACAUUGACAAAUCAAAUUUUGCCCCCCCCCCCUUCUAUGUCAAUAUUGCAAUUAACAUUUUUAUAGCACAAAUGUACAUGUGAAUAUGAUCAAAUACGCUUUAAAUCUAUAUUACGCUUACCUUCUCUAAUUACGUAGGGGACAAUUAACAUGCGGCUGAAGGGCUCUGGCCCCUGCAGUAUGUCUAAAAAGCUUUGUUACAAAACAAUGAAUCCCAAAGCUUCAUUCGUUUUCAUUCAUGGCUCUGAUGUUAAAGCCAGUUUUCCACUUCAAUCAUAUCGUAACGUAUAGUGGCAUUUUCUUUUGUGUCGAAGUCAUUACGAAGUCAUGGUGCUUGGGAAACAAAGAAAUACGCUACGCUUCGCUACGAUACGAUGUGGAAAACUGACUUAAGGUAAUUCCGAAGUUUUGCAUUGCGCACUUUUACUGCGCACAUCUUAUAACUUAUAAUUUCAUCCAUUAGGCCACAUAAAAUAAAUUCCUUGAUUCUCAUCACCGCCCGACUGUAUUUUAAGAGCCGCGUGAAAUUUUUUUAUAUUUUGUUAUACAAUAUAAAUGUACCGCCCGACAAAAUAUUUCAAGACAGUUAAGUAUUUUAUAUUUUAUAUUGGGUCUUUAGUGCCAUUUUAAACUGCCAAUUUCAAACAAAUAGAACCUUGAAAGAAAUUUCAUUGCAUUUUAACGGAACUUCGCAUUCAGUUCAAGGGCCAGUCAUUGUUCAUGGAGAAAUAUGUUUAUUUCAGUUUGUGACACUUUUAUUUAUUGAUAUAUAUUAAAUUAUAUAAAUAUAAAAUAUAAAAUAUAAACCUCCCGCCUCUUCGACAUUUUCAAAGUGUAGUGAUGAGAAUCAAGGAAUUUAUUUUAUGUGGCCUUAUACGUAUACCGUUUUAAAAAAUCAUUUUAUGUUACUUCAAAACAUCUUUGGUUACAUUCUGCAAAGAAUUACGUUAAAAUCAAUGUUUUCAAAAAAGGCAUACAAAAGUGUAGCUAGGGUUCCUGUGUCUGUAGUAUAUUUAUUUACUUGUAUUUCACGUUUUAAUGUCACAAUUCCCUAAAAAGAUCGGUGACCCCCGUUUUUUAACUGAUAAUUUACUUCUUUAAUGUAUUUUACAUUUCGUAUCCGAAAUUAAAAGAAAAAUAAUUUCUGGAUCUUGAAAAAAAAUCCUUUAUCAAUGCAUGUUCUCAAAGAAAGAUAUGUAAAGAAAUGUGGAAAAGACAUUUGUGGAUCAGAAUAGACCUUUCCCUUUUUAAGUAAAAUUUGAACAUAGGUCACCAGACAAAAUAGAGAGAUAUUAGCGCAUUGUUUUUCUAAAAUGGAAAAUUCUAAUGACGUCAGCAAUUGACAUAAAACGCUAUAACACGCGCAAUGGCGUGAGAUUCCGGGAGCAACUGAUCACGUCAGGUCAUUUGGGAAGUUCUUUCAUUUUGUUAAUCAACCCUCGAAUCAACCUGCAACCUGCGCCGUAAAAAUGAUCACCCGGUUUUCUCGCGAUUCUUCAGCAAGGCGUUUGUGAUUUAAUUAACAAAUAGAUUACAUUUUCCCGUUGUCUGUUCAGUUAUAGAUACACAGUAUGACGUCAUAUGUGGUAAGAACAAAAAAAGUGUCACGAGCCGCCUAGGCGAGUGGUCACUUUUUGUUCUCACCACAUAUGACGUCAUACUGUGUAUCUAUAACUGAACAGACAACGGGAAAAUGUAAUCUACUUGUUUUAUAUAAUAAAAUUGAAACAAUUACCGAAUUAAACAGGUUAAAAGUUAAUUUUUAUUCCCCCAAACAUUUGGAAGUCGAAAUUUUGCAAAUAUCACGCGUACAUGAUCUAUACAAAUAACGAAAUGCUAUUGGCUCGCUUAAAUUAAGUCACGUGCUGAAUUCUGAUUGGCUAAGCUUAAGAAUGCGCUAGACGGUACUAAAUAUGGAAAACAUUGAAAAAACAGUGAAAAAACAGUGAAAAAACAUUGUUUUAAAGGAAUAGAAACAUGUGAUAAAAUGGCAAUUAUUUUGUUUUGAGCGACUAUGGCAAUUAAAAAGCACUUAAAGUGGCACUCUCGUCAAAAUUUUUCUUUUCUUAAACGAAAGUGCUCUUAGAAAUGUAUAGUAACUUUUGAAGAUAUUUGUUCCCAUGCUUAGUUCUUGAGAUAUUUCAUUUUGUUUGUAACCAUUACUCAAUUACAUAUAUAAUGAGAUAUCAUUAAUUGUUGUGUAUCUUUGCUAUUUUUGAUGGAUUUGUUUUUAAAAAAAACAGUAUGUUUAAUGAUGUAGAUUAAAUUAACAAACCCGCCGCAUCUUUGGAAAGAUUUUGAUAAAAAUAGCAAAGAUACACAACAAUUACUGAUACCUCAUUAUAUAUGUAAUUGAGUAAAUGACGUCACAUGGUUACAAACAAGAACUAAGCAUAGGAACAAAAAUGUUCAAAACAAGUUAUUAUACACUUUUACGAGCACUUUCGUUUAAGAAAAUAAAAAUUUUGACGAGAGUGCCACUUUAAACAUUGUCUAUGUUGCACGAAGUGAAGAAACCAGCUGGAUCGGAAAAUGUGACAUCAACAGGGUCAAAUUAAUGACCGAAAUAGUAUUUGUUUUCGAAGACCGGAUUGGAUUUUGAAGUCGGAGCUGAAUGACUGAGUUGAGAUUUGCCGAGUUUCUAUCUUUUGUGAGUGAUGUUUGCACAUUUAUCGCAGGUAUUUAGUGUUGUUUAUAGAUUUAAUUGCAUGAAUUCAUUCAAUUUGUAUAAAUUCAGUGGAAUUUUCAAAUAUUUUCGACAUUUUAAAAACUAAUGACGUAAUUCCGUGCGUCUGUCCUCUAAUAGAUCAUGGCUCUCGACCAAUGAAAUCGCAUAAAUUCUUAAGGUUAUUAUAUAAAACAAUAUCGAGCCGGCUUAAUGGGAUUUUCUAGAUCUUCAUAGAUGUGUGAUAUUUUGCAUAUGUUGAUCCUUGCAGAUGGGGUAUCUGUAAAACGCUGAAUCCCACCCAGAACCUCACCCGGAACCUCAUCUAUAAACCCUGGAACACGCAUACCCCCCCCCCCCGUAAAACACCCGGAACACGCUGGAAUACGAGCUAUUUCAGCUAUGAAGCACUUAUUUCUCUUAAAUUCGGGGUGACGGGACGGUUACCGGAACACCUGGAACCCCACGUACCUGCGGCAUAUGAUAUCAAAUAUACGACUUUUGCUUGUUUGUAAGCGUUUGUACAAUAUUUUUUGUUCAUUAUCUUGCCGCCAAGGGUGGGUUGACUACAAAAUUCUUGUAGUUCGCUAUAACUACAGCUACUUCAAAAAUAUGUAGUCAGCUAUAACUACUGCUACUUUUGAACAAAGGUAGUUCGCUACUGACUACAGCUACUGCUUAAAAAAUGUAGCGAACUAUUUCGCUAUUUCGCUACACUAUAUUUUUUAGUUUUACUAUAUUUGGAGCAUCUACUAACUCAGGCUGUAAUGUAAUCUAUGGCCAUCUAUAACAAAUCGACUUACGAGUAGCAACGGUAAACACAAAGCAACAUUUUUGUAAGCACUACAGUGUUCAGGAGUGCAAAUUGACUAUUGAGUAUUGAUUUUAAUCAAACGGUGUCUCAAUAUCAUGCUAUUCUAUCAAGUUGCUAACAAUUUUAAAAAGUAGCGAAUAGCGAUUCGCUGUUUGAAAAGUAGUCAACUACUUGGCUACUUUUAGGCAAAAUGUAGUUCGCUAUAACUACAACUACUGUUUUAAAAAAGUAGUCAAAAACUACUGGCUACUUGAAAAUUGUAGUUCGCUACAGUAGCGAACUACAACUACUUCGCUACAACCCACCCUUGCUUGCCGCACUGUGUACCUGUGACCCUAUUCUAAAUUUACUAAGUAAUAAAAAGAGAUAGUAAAGUUACAACGUUGUUGUUCAAACAAAAACGUUUUAAAUUUGCUGUCUAAAUUUUUUUAUUACUUGAAUAAUAUGUUUGCAUAUGGUUACUUUCACUUGCAAUUGUAUGAAACUACGAUUUAGGAAUUUAGAAUGUGGACUUGAAUAUCAAUUUAACUUAAUUAAACCGGAUAGUCUGUGAAGCGUACUAUUCAAUAUCUGUUAAACUUGUAAAAUAAUACAAAAAACAUGAAAGUGCUUAUGAAACGAAAUUUAUUAAUUAAAAGGUACAGUACACUACUCAAAUGAUAAAAAAAUUACGUUUACACAUUGGCGUAGGGGAAGGAAAAAGUAGGUCGGCGGAUAUAAAUUUGCCCGACUUUUUCCCAUUGUUCCAGACUUGUAAAUAUAUUUUCCGUGCAAACUUUCCAAAAUAGUUGUCGAUGGUUGGGAUGGGGGAUUCGGAAUGUAUUAUAAUUUAAAAUAAAUUUUAUAUUUAUAUAUUAUAUUUUCCUCUAUUUUUGACAAUUGGGCCUAUAUAGCAUAUUUCCCCCAAAUAUUGAGAGAAUUUCUUCUCACAAUGCACACUCUGAUAUCGGCAACUAGAUCGGUAAAACAAACUUGGCCCCCUCCCCCACCCUUGUCACCAAACAUGAGCUCCACCUUUGAAUUUACUAUAUGAGUAAAUUCUUAAACACGUCCGAAUUUAUCAUUAUGAUAAAUUUGCGGCCCAUUUUGAAUUUAUCAAUAGAGUUAAUCAUAAAACCAGAAGCAUUAGACAAGACUUUUUCUUAUAAAUGUAAUGGCACUAAAAGGGAGGCUGGUCGCGCUGGUCGCGAGAUUUUCAAGAUUUUCAAACAAAAUAGUUUUUAAUUAAAAAAGUUUUAAAAAAGUUUUUAAAAAGUUUUAAAAGAGUUUUAAAAAGCAAAAAAAGUUUAAAAAGUUAGAUUUUUAAAAAGGUUAAAAAAAUUUAAAAGUUAGAAAAGUUAGGGUUAGGGGUCAGUGGUUAGGGAUUAUGGUUGGGGUUAGUGUUAGGUGCCGCGGAUUUAUUAUUAUGAUAAAUUCAAAAUGUGCCGCGAAUUUAUCAUAAUGAUAAAUUCGGACGUGUUUAAGAAUUUACUCAUAUCGUAAAUUCAAACUGGUGGAGAUCAUGUUGUGUCACCUUAUGUCAAAUUUUUGUUAUCAGGGCCUUUUCUCCAGUGAGUAGCGUAAUGGAAAGAGCUUGGGUACGAGGUUGGUACUACGCUACCCAAUCUCGAACCCUGAGCCUGCGAUCCUCUGUGGAGGCUUGCUGAGGUUCUGGGAAACACCGAGAAACACCGGCGAAUUUUGCACGAAAAUCAGUACAUUUAGAUCCAGUACUCCGCUUGACAUUUAUAAAUAGACAUAGUCUCAUAGAGAAUAUUGAGCUAAAUAUACUGUUUAUUAAUGUACUUAUUUAUUCUUCACAUUGCAGUUCGAACAGCGAGUUCUUUUAUAAUCGCUCACAAAUAUCAAGUAAAAUAUCCAAUCACGAUUCUGGUUAAACAAAUGUUCUGCUGAAUACAAGCAAUUUUCUGAGGAUUAAGUAUUCUGCCUUUUCUUGUUGAUAUAAAACUAAACCCGUGGCUGUGUCGUUGAGUGAGCCGAAAGAAGAACAUCUAUCGUCGACUGCUAAUGUUUAAGAGUUUAGUUUCAAACGUCCAGCCAGGCUUUGUUAACAAAUUCGUUCCUUGGAAUACCCGUUCAUGGGUGGAAAAAUUUUUCUUUCUGGGAACCUAGGUCAAAGGCUAUAAAUUUUCUGUGAAAUUUGCAAUGUUACAAUUACAGAGGUGACAAAACAAAUGCAUAAUUAUUGUAUUAUUUGUACUUUAAUAAUAAUAGCAGUUUAGGCUUGUUUUCGUAUGCUUGUGCAUUGCAAUGGUUGUCUGUUAUAUACCACAGUUUAAAGGUAUAAAAUAUAUCAUAGUCUGAGUGAGUGUCUGUAUUAAAUUAAUUUAUUCUACUUAAAUUUAAUGUACUGUAUUAUUUUAAUUUAUUAUUAUUUAUUAUAGUACCGGGUGGCACAAAAAAAGUUGCCCGGUGUGAUUUGUUUUAACUUAAAAACUAAAAGAGCUAUUACAUGUGAACUAUGUGCAUUGCAUUCAGUAUUGUCUAACUUUAAUUUUAAUAUACGCCCUGUGCAUUUUCGUGCAAUAUUGACCAACAGAGCUAUAUGUUUAAACUUGAGUAACCAUUUUUCAAAGGGUUUAGAAUUAGCCAAAAAACGGCCUAUAAAAUAUGAAUACAGCAAUAACCUGUGUUUAGACACACUAUAGUAAAAAGUACAUGUUCGUUUUCAGAGACCUGACAAACGCCGCCGCUAUAACCUCACAAGCAUAUUUACCCUUACAUAUUAUAAACAUAUCGACACUCUUUGGUUCUUCAUUAAAUAAGGCAUAUUUAUAAAAAAACACGGCAUGUUUCUUUCUUGGAACAUUAGAAUUUGAUUUCCAUGCAGGGUCAUUGAAUAUUUAGAUCUUUUAAUCAAAAUCACGUUAAAAGUUAAUUUUCAUGCAUUUUCAAAGACCUUAAAACAAAAAUAAAAGAGCACAUCCAUCCAAUAAACAUUUUUAAUUUAAACUUCAUUUCAUUGAAACGAAUAUUUACAAUAAAAUUGUAACGGUUAUCAAAUUAGUUUAACAGGCUGUUUUUAGCUAAUUCUCGACACUUCCCAACAUGUUUAUUCAAGUUUUAAUGCAGCUCUCUCUAUCAAUAUCGCACGAAAAUGCACAGGGUGUAUAUAAAAAUUUAAGUUAGACAAUACUGAAUACAAUGCACAUAGUUUAGGUGUUAUAGCUCUUUUAGUUAUUAAGUCAAAUAAAUCAAGCAGGCCAUUUUUUGUGCUGCCCGGUAGUAUUAUAGCAGUAUAAUAAUAGCAUUAUAGCACUGGGACUUGUUUACUAUUUAAUUUUCAUUUUAUUGUAGACUUUGCAGAGCAUAUAUUUACCAUUUUACCUUAUUAUGUUGGCAGGGGUGGGUAACAGAAUUAAUUUCUGUCAAAUAUUUAAAAGGCUACUGAUGUUAGUGUGUAUACUGUACAGUGUAAAUAAAGUAGAAUAGUUGUAACUUGUAAGUUGAGUAAACAGAGUUAUCUCAAAAUGUUGAAAUAUUUUCUGGAAAAUUUUCUGCGAAACUCUCAACGUGUGACGUCAUUGGUUGGGUAAGUAUGUUUAAUGAUAUUAAACUGAAGCAUAGCUCAGUUAUUAUUGGCUCAAAUCAAAUGAAAUUUUGCAUACUGAUUGUACAUGAUGAAACGUAUUGAAAAACACUUCUAAUUUUGUUGCCAAGGUAACAAUGUCGUUCCCAGGCCCCUUGCGCCAAUUUUAUAAAACAGCUUCAUUCAUGGUACUUAUAAGAAUAAAAUAAUAUCAGAAGUAUGUGUACCAUACCUAUGCAUGCCGAAAGUUUACUUGCAUGAUAAUAAUUCGAAAAUGACAUACACAUAGAUAAAUGCAACUAGUUAUUCAAAAUCAGUGUAAGGGGCCUGGGAACGACUGUGUUGCCUUGACAACAAAAUUAGAAGUAUCUUUCCAUGCGUCUCAUCAUGUACUAUCUGUAUGCAAAAUUUCAUUUGAUUUGAGCCAAUAAUAACUGAGCAAUGCUUCAGUCUACUAUUCAAUAAACAUACUUACCCAACCAAUGACGUCACACGUUGUGCUGAAUCAGCAAUUUAUAUUUUGCACAUUUUUGCGUAUAACUUCGGAACCAGAUGAGAUAGAAUAGAGCAGUAAACGGCCAAUCGGCUUAUUUUUUCAUGCUCUUUCAGAUAAAGCAAUAAAAUUUUUUAUUGCCAAUGUCCUUUAAUUUAAACUCCAUUUCCAGCACUAUAGGCAUAUCUUUCUCACUAUUCAGUUUCGUACCACAAGAUACCUAUAAGUUUUUAAGACAAAAAGUGGUCUUUGAAGAAAUCAACCUUUCGUGUGUUCUAUAAUAUUAACUUAAUAGAUUAUGUAAUAAAAUUUUCCCUAAACUUUCUAACUAAAUAACUGCAUGUUUAUUCGAUAUUGAACUGUGCCACGAAUUAAUUAUCCCACUCUAGUCAUAGACCUUGCUAAAUUAUAUCUUAAUUGUUGUGUUUAAUUCAUAAAGUAUUGAGAGGAGGACCGUGAUUGUCUGUUAACAUUGUUUAUAAUGUAUUUAUUUCUUGCAGUUUUAGAAUAAAGUGACCCAUUUUUUUCGAUAUUACCUGUAUUGUCAUUGAUUGCGCAGUUAGACUGUCAGAAGCCAAAGGUUUCAAUACAGCUUUGUAGGUUAAAGAGAACUCUCAUUUUGUUGAAAAGUCGAGGGAUAACCUUGACAUUGUAAACUUAUGAUUUAGUACAAAUUCUCGAAUUGUAUAUGUAACUAAAACAAAUAUAGGCCCUACUAUAUUAUUGUACUUAUAAUAAAGAUUUACUAAUCAAGUUAUAAUGAAGUUCUAAUAAAGAUUUACUAAAUAAUCAAGAGUGCUUUAGUGCUAAAUACCUCAUCCUGUGUUAAUAUGAUUGCUGACAUUUACAUACCCUAUGCACUUAAUUAAAUAAGUGUUGACAGUUACGUAGGUAAAUUUACCUAUGUGAUUCUAUUUAAGAGUGUUGACAGUUACAUAGGUAAAUUUACCUAUGUAAUUCUAUGUAAGAGUGUUGACAGUUACGUAGGUAAAUUUACCUAUGUAAUUCUAUGUAAGAGUGUUGACAGUUACGUAUGUAACUUUAACCUACAUAAUUAAAUGUUAUGUUCAUGGUUAAAUUUUGCGUAGGUAAUUCGCACGGAAAUUAUACAUAUGUAUAAUUAUGUUCUCCGUAUUUCCAUGGUAAUUCUUCGUAUGUAAUUUUUGUGCGUAACGAUACGUAGGUAUUUAAAUUUAUCGAAAUAAAGUAAUAGUAGCAUUAAGCGGACCUCGUUAUCUAAAUGCGUAAACGGAAAAUUAAGAGGAAAAUCUAACUCUCAAAGUAAUAUAAGUGCGUCAUUGUAUUUUGAAUCGUAUCGCUUGCCAUAGGCUCGAGUUUGUGGCUAAGGGCUAAUAAGCUUACUCUGAAUGUAAAGAAGACAAAAUUCUUAAUCCUAGGAAGCCAAGCGAGAUUAAGUAAUCUGAAUUAUCGCUUUAACAUUCAAAUUAAUGGACAGUCUAUAGAAAGAAUGUAUUCUUAUAGAUACUUGGGACUUGGAAUUGAUGAAUCUUUAAAUUGGCAAGCACAUAUUGAAACCAUUUGUAAGAAGAUAAGUGCAAGUCUUGGGGCGUUAAAGCGGAUUCGAACUUUUGUACCCCAAAACACAUUGAUCCUGAUGUAUAAAGCCUUAGUGUUACCUUACUCAGACUAUUGUAGUGAGGUUUGUGGCUGCCUAGGUAAAACCCUCUCUGAAAAUCUCCAAAAACUGCAAAACAGAGCCGGUAGGAUAAUAACCUUCUCCGAUUAUGACGUAAGAUCAGCUGAUAUACUACACAGUCUUGGUUGGGAAACUCUUGACCAACGUCGUGCUAAACAGCUCGCAACAAGUAUUUAUAAAGCAGUGAAUAAUUUAUAUCCCAAUGAGCUUAAUACUAUUUUUGAACCUACCUCGGAAGUCCACUCUCACAAUCUUAGAGGUAGUUCGCACAGUAUGUUCACCCCUAGACCCAGAACGGAGGCUGGUAAAAGGAGCUUCGGCUACCGUGGGGCUGUGUUAUGGAACGAUCUUCCGGAUGAAAUAAGAAGUCAGGCUUCAAUAUAUCUUUUCAAAAAUAAACUUUCUAACUUUCAAAUUUAAUACUAAGAUUAAGUAGUUGUAAAUAUGAUAGGAUUGUAUAUAUAUUUAGCUAAUUUCUUUUGUUUUUGCAUUUUUACAUGGCUCCUUGGAAGAGCACUUUAGUGAAAGGACACCAUGUUACCUAUUUAUGUAUUUUUUUUUAAUAAAGCUUCAUUGAUCAUUGUUUGUAUAUCAGAUCGGCUGCUCAUGUUUUAUGUACUAUUUACAACAUGAGCGGCCGCGUUGUACCGUGUUUUAUCGUGCUUAAAAAAUGACUCAUCUUAUGAGUUCAUUGGCGAAGUAAUUUUAAAAAUAAACGUCUAAGCCGAGAAAAUCAAAGUUAAAGUUUAUGUAAAUCAACAUGAAUCUGGGCGUCGACGCCCUCUCUUCUCCCGCCCGCACUAAACGCCUGUUUCGCAGGCUAGGUUUGUAACGACAUUAUAUUUUUCCUUUACAAAAUAUUUACAAAAAUUACAAGUAAGAUUUCAAAAAGUUUCUCUUCACCCAGUUUGUCUAAAUUUGUUUUGUUUGUAUAGAUGGUCGCUCGUGAUUUAAUAAAACGAGGAGUUAGUGGAGCCAUUGUGAAUGUUUCAUCGAUAAUCUCGAAUCGAUUUACCUUGGAAAUGCCGCAAUACCGUUAGUGAGGAAUCGCGUUGAGUUGUUGUAAUGAAUAUAAAAGAGGGAUUCAGAUUUGACUUCCACUACCGCUAUACCGCUACCUCUCACUUGCUCUGUGUGCAUCUGAUUGGUUCAUCGGAU